UAUUUUCAGAUUAUGCUGUACUUAGUGACAGAUUUUGUAUAUAAAUACUUGGCAGUUGUUGGAUGGGAGGUCAUUACUAAUACCAUAAACUUCAGUUGUUAAAAAAAAAACAACAAGUUGAAUGUAAAUUGAUACAGAGAAAUUAUAUCUUGCCUUCAUUAGACAUGGCCACUGCAAUUUUAGUGUGCGAAAUUUGUGCAGAAGAAUUUGACUCUAAGACCCACAAGCCACUUUGUCUGGAAUGUGGCCACACAUUUUGUUUUUCCUGCAUUUCAAGCUUGAUGAAAAAUUCUGAAAACAAACAUUGCCCCAAAUGUAGAAAGCAAAUUUCCAAGCCAGCAAAACAAAUUCCAGUUAACUACUCAAUAAUUGCAGCAAAUAGCCAAGGAUGUAAACGUAAACGAUCUCCAGACUCCAAGAAAUUGUGCCUCCAACAUGCAAAGGUUAUGGAAUAUCUGUGCAUGGAUUGCAUGGCACCCAUGUGUUCAAAAUGCCUGACUGACAACCAUGCCACACACAAAGCAAAAUUGUUGGAUGACCUGUGCCAGGAAAAUGAUCACGAUGACUCAAGAGCUAAAGUACACGCUGCAUUGAAUAACAAACUUCAGAAACUGAAUGAUAUGGCCUUGGUUGCAAAUGGCACCCUGAAGCUGAUGAAUGAUAUAACUAACCUGAAGACUGACAUAGAGGGAUUUAAUGUUUCUGUAGAUGCCCGGAUCAAGUCAACGGAGGAAGAUCUCCAGGCCUGGAGCAACAUGGACUCCAGUGAUGAGAAUGCAAAAAACAAGUGCAGGGAGAUGCUGUGUCACAUUAAUUCAGAACAUGAAGAAAAUUUAAAGUUCACUGAUAUCAAAAAGAAGCUGGAUUCUGCAACCAAGAAAUGCAAUUUGUUGGUACCAACAACUCCAUCACAUGAGCUCAUGCCAAAUGAUACACAUUGGACUGUGACUGACCUGAGUUCUUGGAAACGAGCUAUUGCAAGCCUAAUCAAUGAGAGGAAGCCAAGUACACUCACAGUCGUGUCCACUCACACAAGCCCCAUCCCAGGGCUGCGACUGCUCCUGUCCAGCCUUACAGAACACAAUCUCCGCAACAUUUACUUGAUGCCAAUGGACUCCUUCUGGAAACCGGCGGGACAGACAGAUGAUGAAAUAGGAACCAUCAUCAAAGAGUCGGGAGACCGGCUCAAGAGGUUGUAUGGCACUCCUGCCCAAAUUCUGGCCUACAGCAACAAUGAGACUCGUCCGCCCAAAAAGCUUGGUGUUCGCCUCUCAAGCAUGAAGGAUGUGGAGCGCUGUGCAGAAGUGGCCCGUGUGGGAGCAUCAGUUCGCGAUGUUUGCUUCGUGAGAGGAGUCCCGUACAACACUGGUGUAUACUUGCGCGGUAUUAGCUGGAUGCCGUGCCAGUGGCACUUCCCUGACUUGAAAGACAGCGACUUGGACUGGUUCUUCGCCAUUCUGUCCCCCGUCUAUUUUCCGCUCAAGUAUUUGAACCUGGUGCUGCCGAGGGACAGUCUUUCUGAGGCUGGCGCUCGUCGGUUGUUGAUGAAGAUGGCAGCAGAUUUUACCAAUAUGGCAAUAUACUGCGAGCCACACUCCGAGAUCAUGACGUCUAAUGAAACUGCGAUUGAAUGUUGGGAGUUGUCAACCAUCAGCAUCAUCAUUGGAUACUUCCAAGAAUUUACAACUUAACCGGCAAACAAACGCACCAAAUGGUUUACAGUUCUCUCAGUUCAGUCGAAAAAGUGUUCGGAAUUUUGACGUGUACCCAUAAUAAGGAUGCUUAUAUUUCAACUUAUUUUCUAGUCUAGACACGUGGCUGUCGUCCCUGGUCUUCCCAGCGGGACAUUUUCUGCUAUGGAGAUGAGUUGGCAGGAAUAAGUUAGCGUCGGUGGUGUGAACGACGCCGCGUUGAAGCUUUACGUGCCCAAUACCUGUAGACUAAUACAGCUUUGUUCCUCAAUGGAAAUCAUUGCGUUGGUAUUUUUUAGUUUAGUUAAUGAGCGGAAUAUCCUUGGUUGAAUCACGACCAUUUAGUUAUUCUUCUAGCUAGUAGUGUUGUUUGUAGCUCUGUGUUUGGUUUAGGCCUUUUUAAGGCACGACGUUGAAGCCGAACUUUUCUUGAUGAAGGUACCUAUAUUGUUUGUUCGUUUAAGUGGAAGUCCCGUUUUAUUUUUAUUUUUUAAUUUCUUGUAUCGUGUUCGGUUAUUCUUUGGUGCAGGCCCACGUAACCUGACGCGGGCUUUGUUUUGUUGCCCGCGGCGCCUUGAGUUGAGCCGCAGACUUGCGGUGGUGAGGACAUUGUUUAGUGAUGGAAGUGGUGAAGCGUUUGUGAUGAUAGGACAUCUGUUAAUGAUGGAAGUGGUGAAGCGUUUGUGAAUUUGGCAAGAACUUGCGUGAUUUGUAGUCUUGGAUUUAUUAGAGCUUUGCAAUACACCGGAAAUGUUUCGUG